GCUUUGUUUGUGGGCGGGGUUUUGAGGUGUUGCAGCGAAUGCAUUGCGGAAUAAAAUACGGAUGUUUUAGGCUGUACUGAAUAUCCAUUGCUAUUGGCUGCGCCGGAGAGCCUGAGUGACUUUGAUUGGAUGAAAUAAUAAGGCGAGCGAUAAGGCGAGGUGCCGCUGCGAGUCAGACUGGAAAUUGAACGUGCAUUUAAAUGCAAUAAAAGCACAUUUAAAAAGGAGAGGCAUUAAACUGCAUGUAUUCUAAGUGAUCAGUAUUUAAGUAAAUAACCUAAAACACGUAUUGCGAUGCUGUAUUGUAAGUUACAGUUGGUUUGCUAGUACCGUUGUCAAAACGCAUGGAUCUCACAGAAGUAUUAACUUUUCAAAUAUACUAUCCGUACAUAAUUAACCGAUCUAUUGUUGUACACAGGGACAAGCAUAGGGGCGAAGUUAUGGCUGGUAUUCAGCUAAUAUUAGCUCCGAGUUAGAUGAACGCAAAUAUAUGUUCACGCUAUACGUUGCCCAAAAGCUUUGCAUACACACCCCCAUUUGAAUUGAACAUUUAUGCAUGAGUAAACAGCAUGGAAAUUACAAUGCUACGCCUUUACUUCCGAACUGACGUGACGUCAGAACAUGCAGUUCAAGUGAUUUUUUUUUUACGUCAUGGGAAAUUCCGGCGAUGACGAGGGACUUGGUGCCGGGGGAAGAGUUUAGUUAUUGAUCCAACCUUAAAAAAAGUUCUGAAGGCAGCUGUUGGUUGACUACUCUCCUAAAUGAAUAUAUCUGGUGUAAACCUUUACCACGAGGUCGGCGGCGGCAGCAGUUCUGGAAUUUUCAGUAUGGUUAUCCAUUAUGACGUUUCCGUUCGAAACACUAUUAAGCACGGCUUACUGCGCCUGCGUGUCCCGGGUCUUCCACCGCCCCCGUUGCUAUGUCGGUAGCGUUCACCACGUUGCUAUGGUGAUCGUUGGUUUAUGUCUUGGCUCGCUCUCAGCAGCAUUGCUUUCCACUGCAGACCGUCUGGACACGAGGGUAAAGUCAUCGGAAUCAUUUACUGCAUUAAAAUAAAACUGAAGUGGUCGGCUGUGACACAGAGGUGCGUUUACAGCAGGGUAAGGCGUGUAAUCCCAGGAAAGACCCCAGGAAGGAAGAAUGGCCCGGCUCGUUCAGCUCCCUCCCAAGUUCCUGCCCCAGGAGUGGCACCUGGCCAAUAAGAACCGCUACAACAACGCCGAGGCGCAGAGAUCCCGGUCCGAGCGGCUGAUCGCAGAGAGCCAGAGGCUGGUGGAGGAAACGGAGAAAGCAACCCGCGCAUCGCAGCGGGACGUCGAGAAGAAACUAGAGCAGAGGAUCCAGGACAUCAGUUUUUGGAAGCAGGAGCUGGACAACAAGCUCGAGGAUAUAGUCAAUGAGACUGAGGUGCUGCUCACCUACAGGACCCGGCUGGAGAAAGCCAUCGAGAAGUGCAAAGGGCCCCUGGCAGUCACGCAGCAGUGUCUCGAAGAGAGGGAGAAGCGUGUUGCAAUCGACCUGGUGCACGACGAGGCGGAGCGGGAGCUCCUCAAGGAGCUGGAGGUGAUCCACGCCGUGUCGGCGCUGCUGCAGCGCACCCUGGAGCAGACCAACGAGCAGAUCAGGCUGAACCGCUCUGCUAAGUAUCACCUGGAAAAGGACCUCAAGGAUAAGUUUCAGGCACAGAAGAUCGAUGGUUUCUGCACAGUCCUGUCAAACAACACGCCAAACUUGGGAUACACAACCGGGAUCAGCAUGAAUUGGGGCAGUGCCUCGAGCCCAGAGGACUGGGAAGACUUUUCCAACGUGAACAUCUUGAAGGCGGAGAAGCAGAAGAGUAACUCCCUGACCCUGCGCAGCCUGAUCGACAACAUCCUCCUGCAGACCGCAGAGGACCUGAGCCAGCAGCGUGAGACCACCGACCUGGCUCUGCGGAACAGAGUCCGCGAGACCAAGGCAGCCAAGGGCAAGCUGGAGGAGCACCUGGGCAAGGUGAUGGAGCAGAUCACAUCCCAGGAGAAGAACAUUGAUCUGCUGAAGAAAGCCAUCAUCAAUAAGGAGGCGCCCAUGAAGGUGGCUCAGACCCGACUCGAGACGCGGACGCAGCGGCCCAACGUGGAGCUGUGCCGAGACCCGGCUCAGCACAGGCUCUUCAGCGAGGUGCAGGAGAUCACCAGCAACGUGGAGAGGUUGAGCGAGGCUCUGCACCAGGCUGAAGCAGAGCUGCGGGGUCUGGUCAGGAACCAGCUGUCCCUGGAGGAGGAGAUCCAGGUGAAAUCGAACACUGUGUACAUCGACGAGGUGCUAUGCAUGCAGCUGAGGGAGACUGUUGCCAUCAACAGCUUCUGAGCACCGGCAGGGAUCCAGCCCUCUGUAAUCAGCAGGGCCAACAAAGCCAGCGCCCUCUCAGGAGAUACCAGCCUCCCUGCAGGCUUCCUCGAGACACUGUUCACACAGACAUUGCAGUUCAAUAAAAACUGUAAUUUAAAAAACAUGAAUAAAUACAUUAUCAUUCUUGAUAAAAAUGUCCUUUGAAUGCACAUGCUGUUGUUGAAAUGUUGUCCCCAAGACCUUUUGCACACCCACUUUGUUUGAAGUUUUCCAUGUGCCUGUGACAGAGAUCUAAUAGAUGCCCUACAUCGUGACACCCGCAGUUUAAUUAUGAUGUCACACCAUUGUCCAAGGAUACAGUUUUACCAAGCAAUGAUGUCACAGUGACCUAUUAAUAAAAUCUUGUCUAAUUUGAUCGA